AUGAGGAACAUUCGAAGCUUGAAGCUCUUGGGAAUCUCCUCGAUAUCGUUUCUCGAAACCAUUAAUAUGUGCUUGCUCUGCCCUAACUUGGUCUCCUUGGAUCUUGAGAAGCUGGGCAAGCACAUGUAUGACAACACCCUGACGGGAGAAAGUCUGCACACCCUUGUCUGCACGUGCAAGCAUCUCACGCAUCUCAGAGUUGCAGGCGCUAAGGACAACGACUUCGAUGACUGGGCUCUUUGCGAGGUUUCUGGGGAGAUCGCAAGGAACUUGGAGGUGUUGGAGCUGGUCAAGUGCAGCUCAAGUGAAGAAAGAAGGUCUUCGAGCUUUCGGUCUGUUGACAACAUGGUUGUCAAACUUUGCCUGCUGUUUCCUUCUCUCCUCUCUAUCAACCUCUCAGAUACGGGCAGCCCUUCCAACAGCACCUGCGGAUACAUGCACCUGAUGCCCAACAUUCGGACGCUGAGGUUCACUGGGUCCGACUUUCUGUGCGGAGGAAGCAUCACCAACGCGGGGCUGGGGCUCAUCGCCUCUCACUGUGCCUUGCUGGAGCACUUCGUGCUGACCAAGGCGUCCAAGGUCACUGAGGCGGGAAUCUCGAUCAUGCUGCGCUCCUGCCCCCUCUCAGAGUUGAAGAUCUCAGGUUGUGACCAUGUAGCUGUCGUAGACGUCAGGAGCAGCCUGCCGCUGCUGGAGCACCUGGAGAUCAGCGAGACUUACACGAGCGACGAGGCCAUCUGUGGACUUGUUGCUUCCUGCCCCUCGCUCGUCUCUUUCGACGUCUGCGGAUGUGCUGCACUGACAGACAGAGUCGUCAUGGCGAUAGCAACUCACUGCAAGAAGAUCAAAACCCUGCGGCUCGCGCACUGCCUCAUCACACAUGAUAGCUUCUACGAACUCUCGCAGUUCCAGCUGGAAGAGAUCGUCACCGGCCGAGCUCGGUCAGCGUACGGGAUCCUGCAAGGAACCAAGGCGUUGAACCGGCCUGGAGGAAGGAGCCUUGAGGUUCUCUUCGACUGGGAUGGCCCGCGCAGGCUCGACGUCAUAGAUACAUCUGCUUCUUCCUUGCACACGCUUGUCAUGCGCUCUGUGGACUGGACAAGCUCGGACUUGGCGCUGAUCUUCGACGCUUGCACCGGGUUGAGAUGUUUGGAUCUGGGAGGAGCGACGGGUUUGCACUCCUCCUUCAGGGAUGCCAUGCAGCGACCGGACCGUCUGUCGCUGGUGAAGAAGAUCGUUCUCCCCUUCUGUGAGGACCUUUCAUGGGAAGCGUUGCGAGAUAUGCUCCUCCUUUCUCCUGGCUUGCGAGAGCUUCACCUUCACCACGCGAAAUCAGCCAUGUUCAACAAGCUGGGCCUUCUUAUCUGCGCUGCGCAAGUAAGUACGUCACAGCAAGACUGCUCUGAAGCUUCUCGUCUGGCUCUGCAAGCGAACUUCAGUGAGUGCGAGAAGAGCGGUGGGUUCCAGGAGCUGGAGGUUUUGAAAGUUAGGACAACAGCUGUAAAUGAGUUUGAACUGCGACUUGUUGCUAAGAUGGCUACACUUGUAAAAAGAUAA